AUGCAAGUCCCUAUAUCUGAAAACACCAUGCCCUUUGAAAAUAGGGAGAGCCCAGAGACCUCUACUCUUGUUCCUUUUUACUCCUUUGAUUCUUUUCAGUGCAAUUCAAAAGUACAAAGUCAUUUAUAUCAUGAUGGAAAUGUGGUGAUUGCUGCACUUGUUCCACUUUUUAAUUAUGCUCACAAGAAAUCAUUUGAUUUUACAGGUGACCAAGUUACUGUCAUUCAGUUCAAGGCAAGGAACUACCAGUUUUCUUUGGCCUUCAUAUUUGCCAUUGAGGAGAUCAACAGAAACACUCACAUUCUACCCAACACAUCUCUAGGAUUUGAUCUGUAUAAUGUCUUUAGCAAGCAAUGGAAUAUUCUGAAGGAAACUUUUCAUUGCCUCACAGGAAUGGGAAAAAGCAUUCCCAAUUACACAUGUAGAAGGCACAACAAGGCUGCUGCUUUACUUACAGGAACAUCAUGGGCAACAUCUGCACAUAUUGGGAGACUGCUGAAUCUCUACAAAUAUCCACAGCUUGCUUUUGGGCCAUUUGACACUAUCCUAACUGACAAAGGCGAAUUCUCUUCUCUCUACCAGACAGCACCCAAGGACACAUCCUUGUCACAUGGCAUUGUCAUUUUGAUGGUUCAUUUCAGCUGGACCUGGGUGGGACUGGUUCUCAUAGAUGACCACAAGGGGGCUGAGAUUCUCUCAGACUUGAGAGGAGAGAAGGACAGGAACAGAGUGUGUGUAGCAUUUGUAGAAAUGAUUCCAGACAACUUGGUUUCCUUUGACCACAAAACUUAUUUGCAGAUACUAAAAUCAUCUGCAAAUGUGGUUAUUAUUUAUGGUGAAACUGAAUCUUUACAUGGUAUAAUCAUAAAUAUAGCAAAUCAUUUAUCAAACUGGAAAGUCUGGGUCAUGACAUCACAAUGGGAUUCAACAGCUGUUUCCAAAUCUUUCAUAUUUGAUCCAUUCCAUGGGAGUCUCAUUUUUUCACACUACUGUGCUGAGAUACCUGAGUUUAGGAAGUUUAUCCAAACAUACAACCCUUCCAAAUACCCAGAAGACUAUUUUCUUGCUGUGUUGUGGAACACACACUUCAAUUGCUCUUUUUCUGGACCUGAUUGUAAAAUUUUGGGUAACUGUCUAUCUAAUGUUUCCUUGGAAAUGUUGCCUAGAAAUAUUUGGGAAGUGGACAUGACUGAAGAGAGUUACAAUGUAUAUAAUUCUGUAUAUGCUGUGGCACACAGUCUCCAUGAGAUAUCUCUCAAACAAGUACAAAGUGACCCCCAUGAAAAUGGGGAGGAAAAUACCUACCCUUGGGAGCUUCACCCUUUUCUCAAGGAUAUCCAUUUCAGAAAUGGUGCUGGAAACCUUGUGGUUUUGAAUUCACAAAGGAAAUUAGAUGCAGAAUAUGAUAUUCUCAACUUUUGGAAUUUUCCAGAGAGUCUCAGGCAAAAGAUGAAAGUUGGAACAUUUUCUCCAAAAGCUCCACAGGGACAAGAGCUACUUUUGUCUGACCAUAUGAUUCAGUGGGCUAUAGGAUUUACAGAGCUUCCUCAGUCUGUGUGCAGUGAGAGCUGUGUUCCAGGAUUCAGAAAAUCCCCCCAAGAGGGCAAGGCUACCUGUUGCUAUGACUGCACUCGUUGUCCAGAAAACGAGAUUUCCAAUGAGACAGAUACAACAGGUCCCCCAGAUCUCACCAAGCCUCCAAACCUUAGCACAACUGUCUCCAUGAUGGACAUACCAUUCAGGCUGCAAAGCUCAACACAUAAGACACCACCAUCAGACAAAACUAAAAUAAGCUACACCACAGCUAUGAGUAUCAAACUCCCAUCUGAUAGUACAGCAAGACAGUGA